GUCGGUUGAGUGAAGGGGGUUUGGUCGGGAAAACUAAGUCCUGGGGUUUUCACUGAGCAGUUGACCCUGAGAGCCUCAGGUACGCGGAAGAGCGGGGUGACAUGGGGUCAGCGCCUCGACCUCCCAAAGGCCCGAUGGACAAAAGAGUGAAGGCUUGUCUCCAAAGCCGAGUCCCCAGUGGGGGCGCCCGGCUGACCCUCCAGGACAGAAUGUGACUUCCGUGUUCCGGAUCCAAAACGCGCGGCAGUAAGGCUUCAGUCCAGGCCCUGAAUGGCUGGUCUCCAUUUGGCAUUACCUCUGCCUGUGGGCGUUAUGCUCCCAUAUAAAAAAACAGACGCUCCAGGGUUCCACUCAGCUAAGGAAAACCCCUAUGAAAAAAUGGACUCGUCCCAGCUGGCGUCCACGGGGCACCCAAGGAACACUUCCCAGGAGAAGUUUUUGAGCAACAAAGAGCCAACGCUGAAUAGUCUCCACACUCAGUCCAAAUGGAACACCUGCACAAAAGCCUGGAGCUACUUCUAUCCUCGCUGUGCUGGAAUCAGCCAGCAAGAUCCAAGAAGCAGUCUCCAGAGUCAAGCAAAGGAUUUGUUUUACUCGUCAGGCCCUCAGUCUUGGUAUCCCAGAGCAAAUAACCAGAAGUUCUUCCCCUUUACAAAGAAGCGAGUUGGAGUGGACCGGGCAUAUCCACUGAAACCCGUGUUCCAUCGGAAGUCUCGUAGUACAGGUGAGGCUGGAGUGGAUUGGGACCAGGAUGUCUCCCCAAGACCCCCUGAGCCAAGGGAGUUUUCAUACAGCAGCUCCGGUUUGAGGAACUGGGCAAAUUCAUCUGCGGUCAGUAAUGUUGCUGCCAUGCAGGAGGAGAGGGCCAUGGCAAACCCCAAAAGGACCGAAUGGACGCAGAUCCAAAGACUAGAAGCUACAGGGGAGAGUUUAGAGGAAGAAAUCCGAAGAAAAGAGACCCUCCUGAAGGAAAAGCUGAAAAAGACGGAGGAGGAACUCAGAAGGAUCCAGAAAGAAAAGGAACAGUUUGAGGAAAAUGAAAAAAGAGAGCCACAGAGACUGACACCCCCCAGGAGAAAAGUUAAAGGUAAUAGCAACUCCUUGUACAAACCUAUCUUCUCCCAGAAAUACGAGUCUAAGGAGGCCUUCAGUAGAGACAGUGGAGAGGGUGAAACUUGGGGAUGGUCUCACAAAAAUUCUAGUCCAUUCCAGUUCUCUGAUUAUGGGAUACAGAAGCUCAAAAGGGGAAGUCUAGUAGCAAGCAAUAACAAAAUCCAAAACCAAGUCUCAGAGCCAGUGAAAGAGAAAUUUUCUCAGCCUUCAGAAGCGCCAGGCAGUGCUUUGCCAAGGUCCACCAGCAAUUCUAACUUGUCUAGGGCUCCAGACUCCUCAGGUUCCAACUGUUCCACUGAAGAGCCAGAACUCGGCGAGUGCAGUCACUGUGGACGCAAGUUUCUCUUGCUCAGGCUAGAGAGACACUCCACUGUCUGCAGCAGGCUGCAGGGCUCCAGGAGGAAAGUGUUUGACUCCGUCAGGGCCCGCGCCAAGGGCACAGAACUGGAACAGUACUUGAACUGGAAAGGACCGGCCUCAGUCAAGGCUGAACCUCCCCCGAAGAGCAACUGGAGACAGAAGCAUGAAUCUUUCAUCCGUACCCUCCGUCAGGCUCGAGAGGUCCAGCAGGUAAUUGCCAAAGGUGGAAACCCCUCAGACUUGCCUCCCAUCCCAGCUGCAGAAAAUCCAGACUAUAUUCAGUGUCCUCACUGUAGCCGUCACUUUGCUCCCAAGGUGGCUGAGCGGCACAUUCCCAAGUGUAAGACCAUUAAGAACCGUCCUCCACCUCCAAGAAAGCAUUGCAGUUGAGCAGACAACAGUGGAAACCUCCUCAAUAGCUCAGGCAAGCUCUGCUUCUCCUCAGCAGUUAAGUGGGAGAGUAAUUUGAUGCAAAGCAGGAAGAACUAAAACUUUUACAUGUCCCAGAUCUUCCCAGAGCUGAACUCAAUGAGGAGAAACCCACUGCUAAGCAGCGGGAGACAGAGGGAAGCCUCCGCUCCCCACUAAAUUACCCCCUCAGGCUGAUGUGCCUUGUGUUGUUGCCCCAAGGACUGACGGGCGAAGACCCUUGGGACCAGUGAGCUGGCUACAUUAAAGCGCUCUUACAGGCUCACUUGUGGUUUGUGCUCAGUGCCCACAUUCGUUCUGCCUUCUUGCCACUGCUCUGCUUGUCUGUCUGUGGUCCCUGUUAACCCUUCUUGCUCUUGCAGGAAGUUGGCUCAUUAUGAAGAGUUGGUAUCAGAGGAUCAUGGUCACCCAGAUGGUAUCUCUUGUAAAAGAUAGUAUGAUUUUGGUGUAAGGAAAUUGGAAGUAUAUCCUUAACUUCCCUGGUGCAUGGUCCUGCCUAAAAGCCAACACAAGCAUGUUAAGGUUAGAGUGCUAAUAUAUCCUGAACUCUCCCUAGGGUGUGCUGUGUAAUAAAGGCAACCUCACCUUUAUGUACUUCCAAGGGUAGGGAUGGGGGAAAGCACACUAUAUUUCUCUGGUUCUUCUUUUCUAAGUCAAAAACAGGGAAGACACUCCAGUUUCAGCUGCUGCUAGCACUCUUUCAAAUUAGGGUGGUGGAGUUGGUUGGAUGGUGUUUUAAAUGAAGCAGCAAAAUGCACCAUCAGGGCAAGCUGUGUCCUGUGUCCCUGCUUCUUAUACCAGUUAACUUCUACUUUAGAAAGUAAACUUUGAAGGAAAAGGUACGAGAUCUUUUUAAUUCUCUAUGUGCGGAACCAUCUGCGGAGUGCCAAUAACCGUUAUUAGGCCCUCAAAAAAUGGGUUUUUGGGGAUUAAAAAUUAACCAAAUAAUAAAAUGAGCGUGUCCUAGAUGUGCCAUAGGGGAGCAGUGAUAAGGUAAUGUCUGACAGGGGUAAUAGCAGUUCCGGUAGGAUGAAGCUAGUGUAACAGAUUUGAAAUACUAGUAGGGUUAUUGUCCAGUUAUUCAAAAUGUUAUUUUAAAAUCCUGGAAAAAAACCCCACCCAACCUGACCUGGGCAAAGGGGACUGGGCAGACAACAGAACCAUAUUUUACUCAACAACAGAUGGCCACUAACUCCUGUUU